AGCUGCCUGAACACAGCAGGUUUUUAAGAAGAUUUGAAAGGCUGCACCUGCACUCAUCGCACUGGACCUCUUUGGCAAUGACUUCUGGAUUGCAAAUAAACUACCCCUCGGUUGGGUAAUGCAGCUGGAAACUCACCUUGCCGCAGAGGCGUGGCUCACAUCAGGACCCAGGUGCAUAGCGAGAGACGCACAGCCAUGGGUCCUGCAAUGUUGAGAGCUUUUAGUUCGUGGAAAUGGUUGCUAUUGCUGAUGGUCCUUACAUGUUUGGAAGCAUCAUCUUAUGUUAAUGAGUCCUCCAGUCCCACUGGCCAGCAGACACCCGAUGCUCGGUUCGCUGCUUCCAGCUCAGACCCCGAUGAAAGGAUAUCUGUUUUUGAAUUGGAUUAUGACUAUGUUCAAAUCCCUUAUGAAGUCACCCUCUGGAUACUCCUCGCAUCUCUUGCUAAGAUAGGUUUUCAUCUUUACCAUAGGUUGCCGCACCUCAUGCCAGAGAGCUGCCUCCUCAUCAUCGUGGGAGCCUUGGUGGGCAGCAUCAUUUUUGGCACCCACCACAAAUCGCCUCCGGUCAUGGAUUCAAGCAUUUAUUUCCUCUACCUCCUCCCACCCAUCGUGUUGGAGAGCGGCUACUUCAUGCCCACCAGGCCCUUCUUUGAGAACAUUGGCUCCAUCCUGUGGUGGGCAGGCCUGGGGGCCCUGAUCAAUGCUUUUGGCAUUGGGCUCUCUCUCUACUUCAUUUGUCAGAUCAAGGCGUUCGGCCUUGGUGACAUCAACCUGCUACAGAAUCUGCUAUUUGGCAGCCUGAUCUCGGCAGUGGACCCCGUGGCUGUGCUGGCUGUUUUCGAGGAGGCGCGCGUGAAUGAGCAGCUUUACAUGAUGAUCUUCGGGGAGGCCCUGCUCAAUGAUGGAAUCAGCGUGGUCCUAUACAACAUACUAAUCGCCUUCACUAAGAUGCAUAAAUUUGAGGACAUAGAAGCGGUGGACAUUUUGGCCGGAUGUGCCAGAUUCGUUAUCGUGGGAUGCGGGGGAGUAUUUUUCGGCAUCAUUUUUGGAUUCAUUUCCGCAUUUAUCACACGUUUCACUCAGAACAUCUCUGCGAUCGAGCCUCUCAUCGUCUUCAUGUUCAGCUAUCUGUCUUACUUAGCAGCCGAGACGCUUUAUCUCUCCGGAAUCCUGGCCAUCACAGCUUGUGCAGUGACAAUGAAAAAGUACGUGGAAGAGAACGUGUCCCAGACGUCGUACACGACCAUCAAGUACUUCAUGAAGAUGCUGAGCAGCGUGAGCGAGACCCUCAUCUUCAUCUUCAUGGGCGUGUCCACCGUUGGGAAGAACCAUGAGUGGAACUGGGCUUUCGUCUGCUUCACCCUGGCCUUCUGCCAGAUCUGGAGAGCCAUCAGCGUGUUUACCCUCUUCUAUGUCAGUAACCAGUUUCGGACUUUCCCCUUCUCCAUCAAGGACCAGCUCAUAAUUUUCUACAGCGGUGUGAGAGGAGCAGGAAGUUUCUCCCUUGCCUUUUUGCUUCCUCUGUCCCUUUUCCCUAGGAAGAAGUUGUUUGUUACUGCAACUUUAGUAGUUACAUACUUUACUGUAUUUUUCCAGGGGAUCACAAUUGGCCCAUUGGUCAGGUACCUGGAUGUCAGAAAGACCAAUAAAAAAGAGUCCAUCAAUGAAGAGCUUCACAUCCGUCUUAUGGAUCAUCUGAAGGCUGGGAUUGAAGAUGUAUGUGGGCAGUGGAGUCACUACCAAGUGAGAGAUAAGUUCAAGAAGUUUGACCACAGAUAUUUGCGGAAAAUUCUAAUCCGGAGGAACCAGCCAAAGUCAAGCAUUGUUUCUUUGUAUAAGAAGCUGGAGAUGAAACAGGCCAUCGAGAUGGCAGAGACUGGUCUACUGAGCUCUGUGGCUUCUCCCACACCCUAUCAGUCUGAGAGGAUACAGGGAAUCAAGCGACUUUCCCCCGAAGAUGUGGAAUCCAUGCGGGACAUUCUGACGAGAAACAUGUACCAAGUUCGGCAAAGAACUCUGUCCUACAACAAAUACAACCUCAAACCCCAAACAAGUGAGAAGCAGGCCAAAGAGAUCCUGAUCCGCCGCCAGAACACCUUGAGGGAGAGCCUGCGGAAAGGCCAGAGUCUGCCCUGGGUAAAGCCGGCAGGCACCAAGAACUUCCGAUAUCUCUCCUUCCCUUACAGCAAUCCUCAGCCAGCAAGGAGAGGGGCAAGGGCUGCUGAAUCCACAGCUGAUGAUGGCGCUGACCCAGGAUUCCAGCCCUUGAUGCUCAGCGCACACUCGAGAGCAGGGUCCCUUCAGGAAAGGCGACCAACAGAAUCAAUGAUUCCGAUGAAGAGGCUGCAGAGAGGAGAGAAGGCGCUUAGCUUCAGCUACCGAAGCAACACCAGCCGGGAGGAACAGGCCAGUUGGCACAGGAUGAAUGUCCUCCGACCCAAGCCGUUGUUCUAUGCAGUGGACGAGGAGUAUGACUCUGGAGAGCAGACUGAGGAGGAGACCUCAGCAACCCUGUCCAGAUGGACAGCUGAGCACAGACACUGCAGAGAGCACCACAAGUCCCACAGUCCUUUGCUCCAUAGGAAAUAGCUCAUCGUCCCACAGUCCUUUGCUCCAUAGGAAAUAGCUCAUCAUUCCCAGACGGCUGCUGGUUCUUUCCAGAGUCCCAAAUCAUAUUUUAUAUAAUGGAAAUUAUCACAGUCAGGAACAGUUACUGAGUUUGCAUUUUUGUUUUUGUUUUUGUUUUUGAAACUUCCGGACACUUAUCUAUAAAAGCAGAGUGAGCAUUCACAGUGAACUGGAAGGCCAAGCCACAUUCUUGUCCUUUGUAGAUGAAUUCUGCAUGCAGUCAAAUGUCAUUCCUUCUCAGAGUAACCAGCUGUCUCUGAAGAUUGCAGAAAUCCAUCAAGUACUCUUGGUUUUCUCCCGGAUGUCAAGAAGGAUGCUGGGAUUUGGAGAUACGUAAUGGCGGAAGCCAUUAGGAAAACCCACUGCUGAAAAAAAAAAAACACCCAAAGAACAAAGAUAUUUUCAUCUAGAAUUCAUAGGAACCUCAUAUCUCAAUCCUCUGAUCCAUGCCAUUGUGAUCAGAACUACACAUGAUUGGUCAGUAAUUGCUAUCAAUUGUAUGCAAUUUAUAAUCAAUUAGAACUGGCAGGGGUCUUUGAAUUCAGCCCCUGGUGUUUUCAGAUCAAGACAUGUUGACGAAGAUCCCGUGGCAUAUUGGCCACCUUGCAAGUUGUAUGCAUUUGGCUUUAAAUUUUUUUUCUUGAAAUGAACUUCUUUAUUUUCAAAGAUAACAAUAAUGUACCUCAAAUGGGAGGUAAAACUUGUUGCACACCAUUAUGUUUAAUCUGUGAUAUUGAUAGAUGUGAUCUGUACUAUGGGGGCUGAUCUUACAGAUCUGUAUACUAUUUUUAUAAUUAGAGUGAUAAUUUAAAAUAAAUUUUUGCAAUAUAAGAGCUACAGUUUAAUAGCAAUGACAAGAAUAAUAGUAUUUAUCUGCUGUGUGUUUGUAGCUUGUGAAGUUUUACUCUGGAGUUUAGUGACUAUUCUUUAGUUGUGUUUUUCAUGGUGAUUAUUCCAAACCUGACCUUCGACUUCAGACUUUAGCUUGCCAGUUUUAGCAGCUGCUCUUUACCUCUCUCCCCACCUUACACAUCCCUUCUCUUCUGUCUCUGCAUCUAUGUACAAAUAAACAUUUCUGAAACGUUACCUACUGUAUCAGAUAACUAGACUUAUGGCAGUCAAUUCAAUAAAUAGCCUUUGCCAUCA